AUGACAGACUACUGGGUAAGCUCAAAAAAGCACUACUGUGAAACUUGUAAUUGUUGGAUAUCUGGGCAUAAAGUUAAUAUAAAAAAUCAUGAAAGGAGUACCAGACAUAUUGAGAAUUUUAAAAACUUGCUAAACAAAUCUUUUAAAAGAAGAGAACAAGAAACGAAAGACAAAGAAUUCAUUGAAAAAGAAUUAAAAAAAUUAGAAAAUGUAGAAAAAAAGUUUCUUUCGGACUUACAGAAGAACGAUAUAUCCAAUAAGUCAAAUAGUUCCAUUAAUUUGAAUACAUGCCAUUCGAAUAAUAAAAACAGAAUUUCUAAUAGUAGUAAUAAUAUCACAAGUAAUAAUGUUACUAAUUAUGUUAGCAGUGGUCAGGGUAAUAAUAAGAAGUGGGUGGUUAUGAUACAUGAAGAUACAGGAUCGCUGUUAUUCUAUAACAGAUUGAAAAAUGGAAUUACCUAUGAAAAACCGAAAGACUUUUUCGAUUAUUUACCCGAAUAUGAAACAUUUUCUGAACAAAAUGGAUGGUUUAAAUAUUUUGAUUAUAAUUCAAAUAAUUUUUAUUACUAUAAUAUUUAUAGUUCAAAAAGUAUAUGGCAAUAUUCAGUGAACACAAUUAGUAGUUUGAUUAACUAUAUCAAUCAGUGUGAUGAGAUUACAGAAAAAAAUAAAAACUUUAGUAAUCCUAAUGAAAAUAAAGUAUAUAGUACCAAAUUGGAUGUUAUACCGAAUCAGGAAAAUUUAAAUAGAAGUGGUUAUUAUGAAAGUCAUUUCCAAAACUCUGCUCAGAAUAGUUAUUAUGGUGUUAACAAUAAUUUAAAUUUAUUAAACAGAGAAGAUGAAAUUACAGUUGAAGAUAAAGGACAAGAGGAAAAAAUACAGAUGAUCUUAACUCCUAAGAAGGAAAUAGACAAAUUACAGAGUAAUAGCAAGAACAACAUUAUUAAUGUUACUACAGAACGCACUGGAAGCAGUGGCAAUUAUGAAGAUAUAAAUAACGCGUUUUCAUUUAAUUCGUGCGAACAGAACUGUAGAGAUGCUAAAAGUACAAUGGUAGAAUCAACUUGUAAAUCGGAUGAAAGGGAUGUAAAGUAUGCGAAAUGUGAAAAAGAUAAAACAUAUAUGAACGAAGAAAAUAUAACUAAUGGAGGAAAUAAUUUUAGAGGAGAAAGUAAACUUGAUAAAAAAAGUGAAAAAACAUAUUACACAAAUAUAGAGGAGGAAAAACAAUUAAAUAAAAAUAAUUUAGAUAUUGGGAAUAAGAACAAAAAUACAAAUAUUUCUAUGUUUUAUAAGAAAGCGGAUAGCACAGUUUCUAUUCCAGAUGAUAAAAAAAAAAAGAUACACAACAAAAAGGAAAAUAUAGAGAAAACGGAUAAGCCGAAUACACAGGAACAAAUUGAGGAAGGUGGUAAAGUUAAAAUCGAUUUGAUUAGUAAACCAGGUGCGUGGGAAUCCGUUGAAGAUAGUGAGAUAAAUACAAUUUCAAAUGAAAAGAUUGAACAAAUUUUUUAUAAUAUAAAAUCAAAAGAGGAAAUAGAAAAAGAAGAAAUUACUCAGUUGGAGGAAGAUAUUCGUUAUGAAUAUUCUGCGCAUAAUGAAUUUUAUGUAAAGAAAAAGGAAUUAGAAAAUGAAGAUAUAUUUUUAAACCAAGAAUUUAAAUUUGUUAGCAAACCUAUAUAUAAAAAGGCUAUUGAUAAAAACCUCAAUAAAAAAGUGGAAUUUGCUAAAAGGAGUAUUAAGUCAAUACAGAAUAAAAAAAAAAUUUCAUAA